CGCACGCGGCGCGCGGGCCCGGGGGUGCGGGCGGCGGGCGCGCGCCGGCGGCCCGGGGAGCUGGCGCGGCCCCGCGCCAUGCGGGACCAGCUGGAGCGCUGCCUCGGCGAGUGGCGGGAGCUGGAGGAGGAGUUCCGGCAGCUCCAGGAAACACACAAGGUUUACAGGCAGAAACUGGAAGAAGUCACCAGCUUGCAGACAGCCUGCAGCAGCUCCAUACACCGGCAGAAGAAGACACUGAGGGAUCUGAAGCACAGCCUGCAACGGUGCAAGCCCAGAGCGAGUCCUGAGGAGUUUGCUCUCAUUCAGGAGAUCAGCAGCCAGAUCAAGGAGAGGCAGAAUGCCUUCUUUGACAUGGAAGCCUACCUGCCCAAGAGGAACGGCCUGUACUUAAAUCUGGUGCUGGGAAACGUGAAUGUCACUCUCCUGAGCAACCAGGCAAAGUUUGCCUACAAGGACGAGUAUGAGAAGUUCAAACUUUAUCUGACAAUAAUCUUGUUACUGGGAGCUGUCGCCUGCAGGUGUUUUCUCCACUACAGGGUGACAGAUGAAGUGUUUAACUUUCUGUUGGUGUGGUAUUACUGCACGCUGACGAUACGGGAAAGCAUUCUCAUUAGCAAUGGCUCAAGGAUCAAGGGCUGGUGGGUGUCUCAUCACUACGUUUCCACGUUCCUGUCUGGAGUGAUGUUAACGUGGCCGGAUGGACUCAUGUAUCAGAUGUUUCGCAGUCAAUUUUUAGCGUUUUCAAUAUUUCAGAGCUGUGUUCAGUUCUUACAGUAUUAUUACCAAAGGGGCUGCCUCUAUAGGCUCCGGGCUUUGGGGGAGAGAAACCACUUGGACCUUACAGUAGAAGGAUUCCAGUCCUGGAUGUGGCGGGGGCUGACGUUUCUCCUUCCCUUCUUGUUCUUUGGGCAUUUCUGGCAGCUAUACAAUGCAAUCACGCUUUUCAGAUUGUCAAGGCACAAGGAAUGCAAAGAAUGGCAGGUUUUUGUGUUGGCUUUCACAUUCCUGCUGCUCUUCCUCGGGAACUUCCUCACUACUCUCAAGGUGGUGCACACUAAACUGCAGAAGAACAAAGACAAGGUGAAGAAGCUGUGACUCCCCCUGUUCCCAGUGUGCAUCCAUCCCUGUGUCCCCAGCAGGGCUGGGUUUGGGACAGAUCCCGCUCAACCCCAGCCAGGUGGAUGGGCUCGGAAGGACUCGCCUGUCCCCGUGUUUGGUAAAGGACUCUGCCAGCACAGACUCAGUAUUAAUGCAAGCAUGGCUCUCCAGUCACACUCCUGCUAUUUAUGUAUAUUUAAUAGAAAAUGUAUUUGCUUCUGGGGUUUUUGUUCUGUAUAUAGAGCAGCAUGCACCUGCCUGGCGAAGCGCCAGCGUUGGGGAAAAUGUGGGAUCUACUGUAAUUCCAAUUCUGGAAUGAUACCUGACACUUUCCAGUUUUAUUAUUUAAAUUCUGGGUAUUGAAUUUAUUGAGGUUUAUGAACACUCUGGGUGGAUCAGUAAUACAGAGCGAAUGCUGGUUUUCAAGGCAUUUGUUUAAGGCAUAUUCUCAGUGGCAAUACUAACCUGUGUGUACUGUGAAAAGAAAAUACUCAUCUUUGUACCAUACUGCUGCUAUGUACACUUCUAAAAAGCUAUUUAAAGAAGAGGAAUUCCUCCUUUGAAAACAAAAUCAUGUGAGCAAAAGCAGUUUUUAAAUGACAGGGAAGUCUGCUAGCCCUUUUCCAGGGAGACCAGGUCAUUUGUCCAGGCCUGAAAGAACCUAAAAUAAACCAUUCAAUAUGCAA